AUGGGAUCAAGCGGAAAAGGUCCAACAGUGGCCGGGGUAGCGGUCGCGUUCGCGAUCUGGACAUUUAUUAUCGUUUGUCUUCGGCUGUUUUCUCGUAUCUUUGUUAUACAAAGGAUGGGGUACGAUGACUGUCUGAUUGUCUUUGCCUGUCUCACGUCAUGGGCAUUCUCCGCCGUGACUGUCGUGUCUGUUGAGAAAGGUAUGGGCUCCCACCUAGUGGACGUGAACCCCGAUAAUAUGGAGACAUACGCUCUGGUGGUUUGGCUGAGCUCGUUGUUUUACCUCGCCACAUUGGGCUUAAUCAAGUCGUCUGUCUGUCUAUUUUAUACUCGUCUGGGCGAUCGACUUCUGAACCGGCUCUCGAUGAUCAUGCUGUGUAUUCUCGUAGCGCAAGCCUCCUCGUUUGUGUUGACAGCAGCAUUUCAGUGCCAGCCCAUUGAGAAGGCUUGGAAAACUACCACGCCAGGGAAAUGUGUGGACAUCAACGUCUUCUACCUCGCCAACGCAGCACUAAACAUUUUGACGGACAUCUUGACGUAUACCCUGCCGCUGGGAGUUAUAUUUAAGCUCCAGGUGCCAGUGAAGCAGAAGAUUGCACUAGGGUUCAUUCUCUGUGUCGGGCUAUUUGCUUGCAUUUCGUCAGUAAUUCGAAUCACGUACAUUCCUGCCAUGCUAUCGGAUCCGGACGCUACAUGGGUGAUUAGCGAGCCGAUGUACUGGUCUGUAAUCGAAAUCAACGUCGGUAUUUUUGCCUCAUCUAUCCCAUCAUUCAAGGCAAUUGCCUCCCGCUUCCAUCCCAGACUUAUCGGCGAGUAUUCUUCUGGCAAAGGGUACAGUGGUUGGUCUGGUAGCGGAGAAGCCAGAAAGUACUCAGCGGGAUUUGCCCGAGUAGAGGAGGAGAAUGUUGCCAUGGACCCUGUCCGUCCUCGACAGCCGGACGGGGAUAGCAUAUUUGGUACACAGAUUCGGUAUGGAGGGACUCAUAGUCAGGAACGGAUCUUUGUCCCUGACGGCAUGAUAUACGCCCAUACAGAGAUUAAGACCAACGUGGAGGCCAGCCGAAACAUGGGUCGUCGAUCGUCGUCCCCUUCUCCUUGA